AUGCUUGUUCGACAGUUGAUCUAUCCCUUGCGGACUCGACUUUUGUAUCCCAAGCGCAUUAGCAGCCAACAAAUCAGGAAGGUAGCUGCAUCAGCAAUUCGUUAUUCCGAAGAUGAUCUUUUCAGAUAUACCUCUGGCAGAUGGAUUUACAAUGAACAUCUACGACUCAGAGAAAGAUAUCAUAAAUUCAACAUCCCAGCUCUGAAGAACGUCAUCAGCGACUCUUUAAACCGUCCAGCAUCUGAUAUAACUUCAUUUACAAAAUUCUCAGAAGGAGGUUUCAACCGUCUCUUCCAAGCCACCUUCAACGACGGAAAGUCUGUCAUCGCCAGACUCCCAUACCCAUCUACUGUACCAAAGCAUUAUGCUGUGGCCAGCGAAGUCGCGACGAUGGAUUAUCUCCGGUUACACGGGAUACCUACACCCAAGAUCUAUGCAUGGUGUUCCACAGACCGGAAUCCAGUUGGGGCGGAAUACAUCAUCAUGGAGAACGUAAACGGAAUGCCUCUGGGUGAGAUAUGGUAUCAGAUGACGGCAGAGGAGAUUUGUCAGAUAUUAAAGCAGGUUGUUGAGAUGGAGACGAAGUUUAAGUCAUUACAGUUUCCUGCGUGUGGGAGUCUAUAUUACCAGAAAGACCUUCCAUCUGAGAAGAGGGUGCCUUUGCCGGAUUCGAAUGGCGAGUUCUGUAUAGGACCUUCUGCGCAUUUUACCUGGUGGCAGGGAGAAAGAACUCAGUUAGAUGUUGAUCGAGGGCCUUGGACAUCCCCAAAUGAAAUCUAUACAGCCGUCGGCAAACGAGAACUCACCUGGGCAAAACAACACGCAAAACCUCGCCUCCACUACGAGCGUUUAUACCGAGAGAUCCAUAACUUUGCUAAAAUGCACCCAGACACUCACAUUCAAGCACUCACCGACUACCUCAGAUUAACCCCCUAUCUGGGCUUCAAGCCUGGCAGUCAACUUAACCGCCCAGUCCUCCGCCAUCCAGAUCUCCAACCUAACAACAUUCUUAUUUCCGAAGAGCGUGAAGUGGUGGGACUCAUCGACUGGCAACAUAGCAGUAUUCUUCCACUCUCCAUGGUAGCAGGAAUACCGAAGCAUAUACAGAACUACGGGGAUCCGGAGUCAGAUGCUCUCGUGCAGCCAGCUCUUGACCUGCCAUCUGAUAUUGACUCCAUGCCUGUCGAUGAACAGGGUCCUAUCAGAGAGACGUUCAGAAAGAGAUUGGUUCAUUUCCUCUAUGCUGAGUUUACCAGGAUGAUCAAUGGGGGGCAUCUUUAUGCUAUUUUUAAUGAUGCGGUGAUACUUCAUCAAAAGCUAUUGGAAAGUGCUGGUACUCCCUGGGAGGGUGAUUGGAUUAGUCUGCAGGCUGAUAUCAUUCGGACUCUUCAGCAGUGGUCUAGACUCCCUGGUAGCAGUGGAUCACCACCACCUAUCACAUACUCAGAUGAAGUCAUACGGAAAGUCCUUGGUCUAGAUGCAGAGCAAAAAGAAAUCGAUUCCGCGAUGGACUACAUGCGAAAUGGCAUCGGGAUUGAUAUAAUAGGCUGGGUCCAGAAUGAGGAUUAUGAAGCAGCCAAAGAAAAAGUUGGUCAGAUUAAGGAGAAGACGAUUGAAUUGGCAGAGACAGAGCAAGAUGCCAUCACUGCCAGAGAUCAUUUCCCAUUCGACGACUUUGAUGAAGAUUCUUAA